AUGGAUGCCCCUGCUGAAGAUGGUGAUGAUUACCCCAUUGAACAUGUAACUCAUGAGGCCAUUGCACCGGAUCAUGAUUCCGAUGCACCCGAGGAGGAAGAUAAAAGUUAUGGUGAUGAUCUUUCUCAUGACUCAGAUGAUGAUGACAGUGGUGAUGAAAUUGGGUUUGACACAUGCCGUGUAAACAAUAAUUUCGAUGAAGACGACUUUGACAAUGAGGAGGUCGAUGAUGAUGACAUAUCUCAGGGCUUGGAAGAAAAUGAGGGUGGUGAAGACGACAAUGAUAUGGCACUUCCAGAAACAGAUCGGACACAUAUUAGGCAACAAACACAUGGGCUGCCGUCGGUUAGGGUGUCCCAAACAUCUGCAUUCGUUCCAAGAAAAACCGAAGCAACUCUAUUCAUGGCACGAACACCAAUGGGAGAUGAAAUGGCAGAAGAGACAGUUAGAGAACAUAGAUCAACAAUAUUUGGAAGACGUAUACCCCAAUUGACUACAGUUGAGUUGAGGCAGUUGAAGGCUGUGCAUGUUGAUGUUCCAGAGGUCCCUAUUUUUCAUUCUAUACCAAAAGGAGGUUUUUGUGAUUUGGGUCUGCGUCAUGCAUGUAUUGAGUCCGAUAGUGGUGAGUAG